CGAAUUUUGAGCUGAAAUUUGGUAUGGACAAACUAGACUUGAUUAGAAACAUGCUCAAAAAAUUUCAUCAAAAAAUUCCACCCGAAAUGACCCCAAACGGGGAUGUUCGGACGGAGGGUCCUGUCCGAACGUGGGGACCUGAUCAUUCUUGUAUAUACUAGUUAAUAAACGCGCCAUGCGCGUUCGUGCAAAUGCCCAAUGAAACAUAUUAUUAUAUGAUAUGAUGUUAAGAACAAUUAUAGGCAAUUUUUUUCAUCCAAAACAAUACUCCAUAUACUUUAUGGAGUAUCUCCAAUGCUACAAUGUACACGGUGCACAUGGGACAUGAAACGUAGCGACAUAAAUACUUAUAAAUAAAUUAUUUCUCUUAUUAUUUGAAUUAUUUUAUACAAUUUCUGUAUGUUUUUCUCCACAAUCCCAAAUUUACAGGUGAAAAUCUAAUACGAACCAGUGCUUUUCAUUUUCACAACCUACCAUGAGCUAUGUAGCACGAAAACUCUCGGGAAGUGUAAGUUUCCAUUUCGGAAACUCUAUGAAAACUCUUCAAACAAGCGUUUUUUGACCAAAAGUUGACGUUUCCUGUUUCACGAAAACUCUUGGGAAGAGUACGUUUCCGUUUCGAAAACUAGUUUGAUUAGUUAAAAACCCGGAAGUGAUUAAAAUCGGGAAAACUCAGACGACCCGGAAAAACCCGGUCCACACCUAAACCUGACAAACCUAGAAGACUUGAUUUUGGUUGUUUUUUUUUAAAGAAGUAAUUCAUUUUAAUACAUUUUUAACCGAUGAAAUUCCAAUUUCAAUGCUCAAAAAGAAAAAAUAUGCCAUAUAUUUAGACAAUACUUAUUUGCUUAAAAAUAAAUAUCAUGUCAAAUUAUAUCCUACCUUUGUCUCAAAUUGAUUUGCAAAAUUGGUUUUUCUUGAUCAAAAAGUUUCAUUUUUUCACUUAAUUAGGAUGUCAAAUUUUUUGUUAUAUUCUAAUUAUUAAUUUGUGACUUUGAAGAGAUUUUAAUGUAGUUUCUAAACAUGUAAAUUUUAAUUAUUGAAAAUUGAAUUAUUUAUCAAUAAGGAGGAUUUGACUAUAACAAAUACGAAGUAUCAUUAUAUAUUUCAAUAAGAUCAAAAUGGUAUUUUGGAAUUUUAUGAGGCUGUUUUAACUUUUAAAUGUUUAGUAAGUAUUAUCAUUAGUUGAUCAUUAUGAAAUAACUACUUUUAUUUAAAUUUGUGUAUACAAAUAUAUUAUUAUUAUUAUUAUUAUUGUAUGGUUGACCGGUUUUAUGACAUUGACCGCGUUGACCCGACAGGGUUCGGGUCGACCCGUGACCCAGUCACGCAUCCCACAUCCGGGUCGCCUCCCGGCCUGAUUUCGUAAUUAACAUAGAUUUUUUAGAAUAAUACAGAGUAAUACCCAAGGGGCAACCUAGUAAUUACAAAAGUGUUACACAUUAAGUCGGGUGGCCUAAACAUAAUAAGGAUGUUUUUCAUUAGUUUGGACCGUUUUCAGUCACAAACCAGACCAAACCAGCCUUCCAUCAUUAUGUGAAAUACGCAGAGAGCAUACAUUUAUCAGUCCAGACCAGACUAAAAUAGAUCGACUAGACCAGCAAAAACAUCCUAAGUAAUCCUUCAAUAUUAUGGGAAAAUGCCGACAACAUUGAAAUAAUACGUAUGUUUUCUUCAAAUGAGCAUUAAUGCAAACAUCUAGCAAUCAAAAUUACAACAAAUGGAAAAAUCAAUUGUCCAACAUUCCUAAACAUAAUAAGGUGUUUUUCCUUAGUUUGGACCGUUUUCAGUCACAGACCAGACCAAACCAGACUUCCAUCGUUAUGUGAAAUACGCAGAGAACAUACAUUUAUCAGUCCAGACCGGACUAAAAUAGACCAGACCAGAUCAACAAAAACAUCCUAACUAAUCCUUCAAUAUUAUGGCAAAAAGCCAACAACAUUGAAAUACUACGUAUGUUUUCUUCAACGUUUGUUUUCUUCAAAUGAGCAUUUAUGCAAACAUCUAGCAAUCAAAAUUAAAACAAAUGAAAAAAUCAAUUGUCUAACAUUCUUAAACACAGAAACUACAUGACAGAUAUAUGCUUUCAUGAUUGAUAUCAAAACUAUCAAUAGGAAAUUACAUCAAAGAAGAAAUUAGAACAAAGCAAAGUGACGUUGGCAAUCUAUGAAGAUAAUAUUUACUUCUAAAUUAAAGCUACAAGAUUGUGCGCAAAUAUAGUUAAAUAAAAAUUAGAAGAGAUUGUGAUUAAAAGAGCAAAAGAUACGUAGUAUUGAAAAAUCACGCUUGAGCUUUCAAACGGUGGUUCAGUCCCAACCCCAUGAGUAAAUGGAAGGUUAAAUAGCAUUAAUUGAAUUGAAAUAAAAAAUAAAUCUAUUGGUGCUUAAACGGAAGUUAGCUAACGUUCAAAGUAUCAUUUUAGAUUAGAGAGAAACUAUGCAUGAAGUACAAGUUCUUAAUGCAUAAAGAGACACCAACAUUUUUUACAUUCCCAUUACACCCUUAACAUUAUUCAUGCUUAUAGAGAUGUAGAUAUAUAUAUAUAUAUAUAUAUAUAUAUAUAUAUAUAUAUAUAUAUAUAUAUAUAUAUUAUACUUAAAGGCACUAUGAGAAGAUAUCUCCCACGCAGCACCAAGGUCCGCUCCAUGUUCUUUCAUCUAACGGCGCUUUAGCAAGAUAAUUUUUCUUCUCUGCUUUCUCUUCUCUUUUGUUCUUACGGACUUUCACGAAGAAUUUCACUCCAUGUUGGGCCGGGAAAUUUCCGUCUAAUAAGCGCAACCAAGUUGAAGAAUAAUGGGAAGGUUCAAGCCCAGAAGUGUGGAAUAAGUCCAACUUAAGAUAGAGGCGGAAGACUAGAUCGUGAUAAGCACGACUUGGAGCUUGGAAAAGAAGAAAACGGUGGUGCACGUUCAAAAGGCCAUGUGAAUAGGGUGGGCAAUUGGCUAAAGGAUAGGAGGAGCCAAUUAGUUUAAAUAGAUCACUUGUAAAGCAAGAGCAUUCAUUCCGAUCAACUUUACUACUAGUUAUCACUUCCGAAUUUCAAAAGCACUUUCAUCUCUCAUUAUUGUUUCGAUUAUCAAUCUAGAAGCAUUAAUAGUUCAUAUCAUAGUCUUUUGCACGAGUCCCAGAUCCUUAUUUUAAUUGUUAGAGGAAGUUAUCUAUUUACGGCAUAAACAAUUUGGCGCCCACCGUGGGGCCUCGUGCAAGAAAGAGUUCAAACAUGGAAGGAACAAAUCAGCUGUUGAUUGAAUUCCAUCAACAAUUGGAGACGGUCCGAGAAGAGAUUCGGCGUGAGAUGGCGGAGAGGAUGGCCCUUCUUCAGCGGGAGAAUGAUGUACUUCGGUCCCAGGUACAAUCCGCAGUGUCAAUAGCAUCGAAUUCAAGGCCCAACCGGAGGUCUGACCUCAUGAAUGCUGCCACAAGGUUGGAUCUCAGCGUCUCCCCACCAUCGACGACUCCACCCGCGGCGUCGACAGAUCCAGUAUCUCUUACGUUGGGUCUGUCGCCAACGCCGACUGGAGAACCAUACUCGGCGGUCAUCUCGCAGGUCAUCCCGUACACGCCACUCGUUCCAGCGACGACACCACUGGCGAAUAUACCGGUCUGCUUUUUCACGGAAUCUCUUCGGGUCAGGCCGAACGGGUUAGGCUUGCAUGCGGAAACUCAAAGCAUACCUAUGACGACUCCGUACAACACUCCAACGGAACCGUCGAUUCCCCAAUACAGAAGCAGAACAAGCGGAGAUCCCGGCCCCUCCAACUCCAACCCGUCAACUGGUGUGUCUUCUGCCCCUGUGGGGCCAUCAAUCCCUAAUUACGGAGAUCGGGGUGGUGGGGAGGCCACCCCAUCAAAUUUUAUGCAGGACGCCAGACGAAGCGGGCAUAGUGUGUCAUUCUUAGAACCCCAUACACAACGCCUUAGCAUAUUUGACACGUCGUCAACAUCGACAUUUUCUGAACGACGUCCUGAAGUUAUCCAAGUGGCAGGACCGACGUCUUCUUCUCCAGGACCACUUCACUCUGACAUGGAAGAUCAGAUGUCCAUGUUUAUGGAACAAAUGCGUCAGAUGCAGGAUAAAAUCAACGGAUUACCAGGUGUUCCCCCACAUUUGGACAGAGCGUCUAGGACAUGUUACGCAGAGUCUCCCUUCAGUAGACAUGUCACCAACGUCGAGAUACCCAGGAAGUUUGUCGCCCCCGCCAUGAAGAUGUUUGAUGGGACGUCAGACCCAGUGGAACACGUCGCUCAGUUCAAACAGCGCAUGUUAGCCGUAGCACUCACUCCGGACCAGAGGGAAGCGUGUAUGUGUCGAGGUUUUGGAACGACGCUCUCAGGACCAGCCUUGACCUGGUUCGUCAACCUGCCGAACGAAGGGAUCGAUUCGUUCGCAGAACUGGUCGAUUCGUUCACGCAGCAGUUUGCAAGCAGCCGCACCCUGGAGAAGCAAACGAGCGACCUAUACCGGAUUAUCCAACAACGCGAUGAAUCUUUGAGAGAUUACUUUCAUCGUUUCAAUAGGGAAAAGGUAUCAAUCUCAAGAUGCGACAUACCUACGACGAUCGAGGCAUUCAGGAGGGGAUUGAAGAACGAUUCUGAGUUAUACAGGGAGUUGACAAAGUUUCUUUGUCGCACAUUCGAAGACGUCCAGGCUAUAACCUUAGCCUUUAUCAGGUUAGAAGAGGAUUUGCGAGCACAACCACAUGCUGACAGUUACGAAGGGGGGCAUCGCAAAUCCAGUACGUCCAGGAGGCAUGACUACCGAACUGGCAAACCGUAUGCCAAAGCUGAAGAGCGACCCGUUACGGCAGCGACACAUUGGCUCGACGAUCCUGAUCUACCUCCAGUUAUCCUUGACUAUUGCUUCAAUGUCAGUACUUUGGGGCUCAUCAACUCGUUGGAAAAGCUAGGAGAGAAAGUCAGAUGGCCAAAGAGAACCGACAAGCCAGUUGGAAAGCGAGACCCGAGCAAACAUUGCGAUUUCGACAACGACAUCGGGCACAACACCGAGGACUGCGUCACAUUGCGAAAGGAGGUUGCUUAUCUUCUGACAGAAAUCGUGUCAGAACGGACUAAAGCCCUUUUAGGACGAACUGACAAGUCGUCGACUAAAGCAACACGACCUCCAUCGCCUUCGGCCCCCUGUCAGGUAAUUAAUUUUAUUAAUGGCGGGUCGGAUUUAUGUGGCCUAACGUAUUCUGCUGCCAAGAGACACGCUCGGGAGUAUUCCCGAGACAAGUCAUUGCAGGUAUGUCAAGUUGAAAGACGACGUGACGACUGGAGAAACACUGACAUUGCUUUCGACGAGUCAGAUAUGUCAGAUCCUAUGCAACCCCAUCAUGACACUCUGGUCAUAUCCCUUAGAGUGGCAAACUUUGAAGUGAAGCGAGUCCUUGUUGAUAACGGAAGCACGACCAACAUAACUACCAUGUGGAUGCUGGAGCAGAUGGGAAUCAAAGAGGAUGACAUAACAAAAUCAGGAUCCACCCUCGUCGGUUUCAAUGGAGAGCCAAGCCGAACCAUAGGUAAUAUCUCUCUCCCUGUUUACGCUAACGGUGUUAAUGUGCAGGUCAAGUUUGAUGUAGUCCAAGACCUCCCAGCUUACAACAUGAUCUCUGGGACGCCAUGGUUACAUCAAAUGGGAGCCAUUCCGUCAACAUAUCACCAGGUCAUCAAGUUUCCGACGCCUUGGGGAGUAGAGUCCAUUCGAGGAGACCUGGUGGUAGCCAAGUCUUGCUAUCAGACGGCCAUGAAGCCUACAGCAAAUCCUCCGACUUCAGCAUAACAACUAAAGGGUGACCCAGCUUUGGAGGAAAAUGACGAAAAAACGGAAGAAGUAGUCAUCGACGACGAACAUCCAGAACGGGUCAUCCGCAUCGGGACAAAUUUACCAGCAAGCCUUAGAGCUGAGCUGGUUCAGUUUCUUAGACAACAUAAGGACGUAUUCGCUUGGAGUCAUAAAGACAUGACGGGAAUUGACCCAAAAAUCAUCACGCACAAGUUAAAUGUCAAUUCGUCAUGUAAACCCGUCAGACAACGAAGAAGACGUUUUGUAAGGGAGCGGAAUGUCACACAAAAAGAGUUCUUUUGCUUUAGAUUAUAGGAGAGAGCAAGUGAGUCCCCUAAUAUAAUGUCAUCGUGUCGAUUGUUUCAACAGUUUUUAGUGGAUGGUACACCAUGAUUGAAUCUUCAUGUUUGACAUAUAUUCGAACUCAUCAGAAGGAAAUAAGGUGUGAAUUGUGCAAUGGAUUUACGGAUGCAGUAACACAUGGUGAAACUGAUCUUUCAAAACUAGGGAAACGGGUAGUUCUUCCAGAGUCUUUCGUCGGAGGUGCACGCAAUACUAUGCAAAACUACCAAGACGCUAUGGCAAUCUGUAGAUGGGUCGGGUAUCCCGAUUUGUUUAUUACUAUCACAUGUAAUCCUAGAUGGCCAGAAAUUUUACGUUAUGUCAAAGAGGGGCCUAAGAGAAGAAGACCGUCCCGAUAUCAUAUGCGGAGUUUUCAAGACUAAACUCGACCAGCUAAUAAAAGAUUUGAAGCAAAAUGAAUUGUUUGGUCAAGUUAAAGCAGGUACUUAAUUUGUUUGGAUCUUUAAAUUUUUAUUCUUUGUAAUUUCAAAUAAUUAAUUAAUUUUUCUUUCAUUUUUAGUGAUAUAUACGAUAGAGUUUCAAAAGCGUGGGUUACCACAUGCUCAUAUAUUGUUGUGGAAAAGUAACAAAGUUAGGAACUCGAAACCAGAACAAGUUGAUGCGUACAUAUCCGCAGAGAUCCCGGAUGAAAAUGUUGAACCUUACUAUUAUCGUGCUGUCAAGGGUUUAAUGAUUCAUGGACCGUGUGGUUAUCUAAAUCCAAAGUCUCCUUGCACCAUGAAUGUACUACAAUUGAUAAGAAUGGUUACGCAUUGUACAAACGCUCGAAUAAUGGAAGGUCAGUAAUAAAGAAUGACAUAGGGCUUCACAAUGGUUAUGUGGUAGCACAUAACAAGUACCUUUUGAUGAAAUAUGGUGCACACAUCAAUGAAUCAGGCUAAGUCAAUCAAGUACUUAUUUAAGUACAUCAACAAGGGUCAUGAUCGUAGUAUUGUUGCCUUUUCAAAAGCUGCAUAUAAUACUGAAAAAAGGACAUUGAUGAAAUAAAUAUGUAUUAUGAUUGUCGAUAUGUUUUAUCGUGUGAGGCUGUUCGGAGAAAUUUUGGCUUCAAUAUACAUUAUAGAGAUGUUCAUGUUGAGAGACUUAGGGCCUGUUUACUAACAGAGAUAUUUUCCAGUUUUCUGAAAAACUGAAAAUCUGGAAAAGGAAAACAGAAAAAGAGUUUACCAAAGAAAAUUGCUAGAAAGCUGGAGAAAAGAAACAGAGAAAUGUGUUUACCAAAUCGUUCUUCAAAACAAAAACAAAAAAGAUAUAUCUCUUUUUUCCUUAAUGAAUUGGACAAAUGACUUUUACUAGUUUUCAAAAUUUGGACAACGCCUAGUGGUGGAUACGGUCCCGCUCUGAUGUCAGUUCUAGUCCAGUCCGGCUAACGACCCGACGGUCCCUAUCUUGUCCGGUCAAUGACCCAGAGGGAUGGACCAGUAUUGACCCGACAGUCCCUGUCAGUCCAGUCGAUGACGUAGUAAUCCCGGUCCGGUCCGAUCGACGACCCGACGGUCCCAGUUCGAUUUGGUCGACGACCUGGAAGUCCCUUGUUGGUCCGGUCCACAACCCGACGGCCUCUGCCUGGUCCGAUCGGCGACUCAACGAUCCCACUCUGGUCCAUGACCCGACGGUCCCUAUAUGGUCCGAUCGAUGACCUGAUGAUCCGUGUUCGGUCUGAUCCACGAUCACACGGUACUUGUUCGGUCGGAUCAAUGAUCGGGCAGUUUUGGUCCGAUAUGGUCUGGUGACUCUGGUCAAUGACUCGACAGCCCCCGUCCCGUCUAGUCAACUUCCUGGCGGUCUCCGUCCUGUCCGCUCAACCACUCAGCAGUCCCGUCUUAUCCGAUCAACGACCCGUUGGUUCCUAUCAUGUCCGGCAAUGACCCGACGAUUUGUGUUCGGUUCCGAUCGACAAUCGGGCGGUCCCAGACCAGUCCCAUCAAUGACCUGACGGUUCCUAUCCGGACUGGUCAAUGACCCGGUGGUUCGGUCUCUAUUGUUUGAAAUCACUUUUAAAGUGAAGAGUUUUAAAAGAGUCAUUAAAUUGUCAACCAAUAGAGAAAUGAAAAAAGAAUUCAUCAAACUAACCGUUGAGAUCGAUCAGGACCUACCAGUUUCGAUCCCGACUUUCCUAUACGUGGGACCUGGUACCUUACUUGGGUUGUAAUAGGUUAGGUUCCGGAUUAGUACCGUACUUUCAGUUUUCUGGUUGGUCACAGAACCAGGUGAAAAAAGUUGAUGAACAUAUUUUCAGAUUUCAAAAUGGAAAACUAAAAAAUGAAAAUUGAAAAUUGGAAACAGAAAAACAGGAAAAUGAAAACAGGAAAUUUGAGAAUAGAAAACAGAAAUAUAAAACAGGAAAAUAUCUUUAUUAGUAAACAAGCCGUUAAUGUUCUCUUUGUGUAGUAGUUUUAAUCCUAUUUAGGAUUUUUUUCAAAAAAUAAAAGGACUAGUGAAACAAGACAUCUGGGUAUGUCCAGAGGCCCUAUAUUAAAAAAAAAAAUAAGCCCAAUUUAGCCCGGCCUAUUCUCUUUAGUCGCUUAUUCACCUCUUCACCGAUCGCAAUCACCCGUCGCUCUCAUCACGCGAACCCUCAACCUCCAUCACGCCGAUCGCAGCUCUAAUCCUCCGACCUCCAUCACGCGAAGCCUCGACACCAUUUCGUGGACCUCCGACAUCACGCGAAACCUGGACACCAUUCCGUGGACCGCCGACAUCACGCGAAGCCUGGACACCAUUCCGUGAGACAUUCUAUCCAAUUUUUGUUUUAGUUUUAGGUAAUGCUUCUAAACUUUUAGCUGCUGUUUAUAUUGUGAUUUUUUUUGUUUAUUUUUAAAUUUUUGUGGCUGCCUUGUAGUGUGACGUUUAUUAUUGUGAUUAGCUGUUGUCGUCUUUCCAAAUGGUGAACAAAAAAUUCAAAACAGACUGCAUCAACACAGACGUUAUAUGGGAAGUUCACUUCCUUCAAAAAACCUUAUGCGAUUAAAAAGCGUGUGUAAAGAUUGGAUGACCAUUAUAUGUGAUCCUAGUUUCGCAAAAGAACAUUUGUCUCAUUUUCUUUCUAAUCCUGCAGCCUCCUAUAUUUUGAUUCUGUUAAUCGGUGUAUCUGUCGCAGCUCAAGAAAGAAAUCUUCUAAAUUUUAAAGUUCCGGCAAAUAAAGCCUUGUUUCAGACUCACAGGCCUUGCUCUAACUCGGUUAAUGGAUUGGUCUGUUUUCAACCUAAAAACCAAAACAGUUAUACCAUAGUGUAUAACCUGUCCACAGGGGAGAAAAGAAACUUGCCGUCGGAGAAAAUCGAAGAAGGCUAUAAAUAUG